CAGACUUACUUUAACCUCUACUAAAUACAUGAGCACGCUCAAAUGUAACCAAGCAGGUGAAUUCAGAGAGUGUACAAUUUUACACCCGAGUGUAUUGGAUAAACAUCCUCGAUAUCUCAUAACCCGGACGGGCACAUGCUAAUUACUCCGUAGUGAGCAAUUGCUUAGAAAUAUCAACACAACUAUGGAUAAUGGAAUACCCAACACUUCACUUCACAAUCUCUUGAACAACUCCGUGGAACGCCAACCCCUUCACUCUUUAGAGUGCUAAUCGAGCUCGAAUUCUCCCUUCAUGUACAUGAGAUGAUGAAGGUAAACACCCAUCUAUAAUUUUCAGAUUUACUUUAACCAAAUUGAGUGUAUAGUAAGUUUUCGAAAAGUGCCCACCAUGUGUUCGAUAAAAUGCUUGACUGACAUUUCUAGCUAAGUAUGCUCUGUAACCAUCAUCUCACAGCUGAGUUUUAAUUCUGCUGUUUCUUGCAAGUUUACUCUUUUUGGGGUGAAAAAAGCAAGAAGAUAGGUGGGGUUGAGUGGAAGUAGAAUACUAAUGGAGUGUUUAUCAUCGGUAUUGGCUCCAAAAACAUGUUGCUUUCAUAGGCCAUACCUCAACUUUCACCCCAUUUCCAUGGGUUGUUCAGUUAGUUUCCUACCUUCACUCUCAUCCUCCUUUUCUGUGCCGUUUCGCGGUGGCGUACCCACUUUGAAAAAAAGUCCAACAGCUGCAGCUGCUGCAACUGAAGCAGUAGAAACAGACAAACCAACUAUACAUGAUACUGUCUCUCCUAAAAAGGUUUUGAUCCCAAUUGGGUAUGGAACAGAAGAAAUGGAAGCUGUGAUAUUGGUGCAAGUUUUGCGCCAAGCUGGUGCUUGUGUGACGGUGGCCUCUGUUGAACCACAGCUCGAGGUCGAGGCGUCUGGUGGUGUGAAGCUUGUUGCUGAUACCUCUAUCAAUUCUUGCACUAAUGAGAUAUUCGACCUUAUUGCCUUACCGGGAGGUAUGCCUGGUUCUGCUCGGCUGAGAGAUUGUGAAGUUCUGCGUAAUAUUACUAGCAAACAUGCUGAGGCGAAAAGGUUAUAUGGUGCUAUAUGUGCUGCUCCAGCUGUUACCCUCCAACCAUGGGGACUACUAAGAAGAAAGCGGAUCACUUGUCACCCUGCUUUCAUGGGCAAGCUUUCUUCCUUUUGGGCUGUCAAAUCCAAUAUCCAAGUAUCCGGAGAGCUUACAACUAGUCGUGGCCCAGGAACUACUUUUGAAUUUGCCCUGUCAUUGGUAGAACAAUUGUUUGGCGAGUCUGCAACUCAGGAAGUCAAAGGUUUGCUGCUACCUAGUGAAGAUCAGCCUAGAAAAGAGUUCAAUGAAGUGGAAUGGUUGCUUGAUCACCCUCCUCAUGUACUCAUUCCAGUGGCGAAUGGAUCUGAUGAAACAGAGGUUGUGACCAUAGUUGACAUUCUUAGAAGAGCAAAAGUUAAUGUUGUGGUUGCUUCAGUUGAAAAGUCCCUGCAAAUUCUGGCAUCUCAUGGAACCAAUAUUAUUGCUGACAAGCUAAUUGAUGUAGCUUCUGAGUUCAUUUAUGACUUGAUUGUUCUUCCGGGUGGCCUCAAUGGGGUUAAGAGGCUAAGUAAGUCAAAGGUUCUUAAGAAGCUACUUAAAGAACAGAAAUCUGCCGGCAGAAUGUAUGGAGCAAUAUGCUCCUCUCUGACACUCCUGCAUAAACAAGGGCUGCUCAAGGAUAAGAAAAUAGUUGUUCAUCCCUCCUUAUCAGACGAGCUAAAAAUCGAGAUGGUUGAUGGUGCCAAGGUAGUGAUUGAUGGGAAGCUUAUUACGUCCAAGGGACUAAUUACUGCAACUGACUUUUCCCUUGCUAUUGUGAGCAAGCUUUUCGGACAUGCCAGGGCAAGAUGUGUGGCAGAAGGUCUUGUUUUUGAAUACCCAAGGAGCUAACCAGUAACUGAUGACAAGAAUGGAGUCUUGUCCUAUAGGCAUGGCAGAGCUUAGUGCUCGAUAGAUCAUGUGCUAAUCAUUGGAAAAGCAGUAAAGGUCAUACCUACCCUUUAAAGGUUUGAGAUCUUUGGCUGCAUAAAAUUUUGAAGACCUCAACUGAUGUUUGCCGAUUUUAGAUGGUAGACCGGCACUCAGUGUACUAUCUCCUGAUCGAUUUUUUACAUGAUGUCAGAGUGCUAUAGUUCAGGUGUUGAUAGGAAUCAUUGGCAAGCAAGAGGUUGCAUUGGUUAAGCUUUAGUUAAUUGAGUGCUGCUUAUAGUUAUGAUAGUCACUACAAUAAUUAGACUUAAACUCGCACAUGUAAUUUUGGCAAAAUUAUCUUGGAAUAGAAUGUAAAGCAAUUGAAUUUUCUGCUCUAGUAAGCCGCUUCGAUUA